CUAGGGAGAGACACACACGUACACGACCGCGGCUGAGCGAAGAGUGCGCGAGAGGAAAGUUUACGCUUGCUUUUAAAACAUGGAUACUCAGUGCUGAGAGCUUUAUAGCGGAUUCGCUUUGCUUUUUGCACAUUUUGUGGAUAUUUUUUAUUUUUUUCAAUCGAUUAUUUUUACUUUUAAAAGAUGUUGGAUAAACGAGUAGUGGAUUCGCGCCGAGACCAAACAGAAGAGCUGAGAGGAAAAUCCGCUCCAGGUAAGGAGUCUUUUGAGAAGCAGUAUAAGUUAGGCUCGCUCCUGGGAAGCGGCGGCUUCGGCUCUGUGUUUUCAGGACAGCGAAUCUCCGAUGGUUUACAGGUCGCUAUCAAACAAGUGUGCCAUGACAGAGUGCAGCAAUGGGCAGGACUGUCUGGAGAAUCAAACCGGGUUCCCAUGGAAGUGGCGCUCCUGCUGCGGCUCGAGGGUUCCGGUCACCCUGGUAUCAUACGCAUGCUUGACUGGUUCGAGGUUCCCGGUCAGGGGUUUUUUAUCGUGUUCGAGAGACCGCAACCGUGUCAGGACCUGUUCGACUUUAUCACCGAGCGUGGCGCCAUAGAAGAAACGCUUGCGCGAAGUUUUCUAAAGCAGGUGGUUGAAGCGGUUCAGUUUUGCCACUUCAGGGGAAUCGUCCAUCGAGACAUCAAGGAUGAGAACAUCCUAGUGGACACUCGUACCGGAGUCGUCAAAAUCAUCGACUUUGGAUCUGGGGCUCUGCUGAAGGACACGGCCUACACAGACUUUGAAGGUACCCGAGUUUACAGCCCACCUGAGUGGAUCCAGCAUCAACGCUACGAAGCCCUUCCGCUCACCGUCUGGUCUCUGGGCGUCUUGCUGUUUGACAUGGUGUGUGGAGACAUUCCUUUCGAGAGAGACAGCGACAUCAUCGAGGCGAUGCCCGGUUUCACUAAGCGUAUCUCUAAAGAAUGCCAGAGUCUUAUUCACUGGUGCCUGUCUUACCGGCCCGAGGAACGUCCAAGCCUAGAGCAGAUCUUGCUACAUCCCUGGAUGAUGGAGUGCUCAGACGACAUCGGCGACCUGCAGGACGACAGCAACAUCACGCCGAGCCUUUAAUUUACAAACAUGGAAUAAUUUCCAGAGGGCUGUUGAAACUUCAAUUUCCGUUUGAAGAUACACUGGAUUACAUCACACUUUUUCACUGGCUUCUGUUCAUCACGGUGUUUUCUUUUACGGCAUCGUGUCAUCCCAACGGACACUUUUCCAACGCCCGGUGCUCGUCUCGAAUCUACACCGCGUCGCACAACCUUCAGUCUGUUUGGUUUAUUUAUUUACCUAUUUAUUAACCCGGAGACGUUAUUAGGUAUUUAUGUUCUGUUCUCGAGGGAUGACUUAUCAGAAGCAGCUCAGUUCCCGUACGCGACCUAAAGGACCUACGUCCAUCGUCGACCGAGAAAAUGUUCAUGCCUGUUGUACAGGCGGUUUUGUAUAAUAAUUAUUGUGUAUUCAUUUUAUGAGGAGCCUCCUGUUGAGGCUUCAGAUACAUGAAGAAGUUUAAAAUCAGUAAUCGUUCAUGUCUGUGUUCACUAAACAUCCUACAGGGGGUUUUUGUUUUUAAAAACCAGCGUGCCUUUUACUUUCAGUCUGUGUGUUUCUCAAGUGCUCUAAAGUCAUAACGACAUUCGAAAAUGUAAGCUGCCGAGUCAGCUGAACUUCUCAUGUCAGUGAACAGAGCAUGGAUGUUGUGCCUGACUGCAAAACAGUGUGUUUACCUAAAAAGCCAAAGAGAUCUAAAUAGCACUAGUGUGAAGGGGUUUUUGUUUUGGUUUGUUUGAAAAUCUAACAACUAACUUUAUCCUUGUUCAAUCUAAAGCACCAGUUCUGAGUGUUAAAAACAGGACCUUUUUCUAGUGUAAAAGUAAACAUGAAUGUAUUAGGACUAUUUAAAUUUGGCUUUUUUGUUUUUGUUUAGGGUUUUUUUAAUAAAGUGAAUAGUUGAUGUUUCAAUCAAUAUUAAUCCAUUCUGGGUUUGCACAUCAAUGUCUCUGUAAAUACUUGUGUAUUGAAUUUUGUCAUUUCUCCGGCAAAAAGUUGUGUAUAUUUAAUUUAAAUUAAAAAAAAACAUAUUCUUAUGA